UCAUUUGUCCAAAAAAAAAAACAACUGUGAGAAAAGCCAUGGAUGCAUACAUGUCCACUUUGAGUGUAUUUAUAGCAACAUUAGUAUGUCUGUUAGAAUUCAGUUGUGCUCAAAAUCAUGCAGGGACACCACAAAUCCAGUUACGAUUGGCUGGGUCAUCAAGAGUGCCGAAUGAAGGUCGGCUGGAGGUUUUCUACAAUGGCAUCUGGGGAACAGUGUGUGAUGAUGACUUCAGCAUAGAGGUGGCACAUGUUGUCUGUAAGCAGCUCGGUUUUGAGAUUGCAAUGAAUUGGGCUCACAGUGCCAAGUAUGGACAAGGCGAAGGCACCAUCUGGCUAGAUAAUGUUCGCUGCUCAGGUACAGAGAGUUCAAUAACUGAAUGUGAAUCCAAUGGAUGGGGUAUCAGCGAUUGCAAGCACUCAGAGGAUGUUGGAGUACUUUGUUCUGCAAGUCGGCUACGUGCAUCAGAGCAGACACAAGCAAUCACUGUGCAGUACACAAAGAAGAUUGAGGAAGUGCGAAUAAAACCCAUUUCAGCCCGUGCCAAAGCAAGCGUUCCCGUCACAGAAGGUAUAGUUGAAGUGAAACAUAAAGGCAGAUGGAGGCAGGUGUGUGACCAUGGCUGGACUCUUCACAACAGUCGAGUGGUGUGUGGCAUGCUGGGAUUUCCAGGAGAGAUAAAACCCAAUGAACAGUUUUACAGGAAACUUUGGAAUCUGAAGCUGAAAGUUCCCAAAUCAAGGCUAAAAGCCCUGAGCAAAAGGAAAAUGUUCUGGAUCCACAAAGUCAGUUGCACAGGAAAUGAGCCCCACCUAUCCAACUGCAAAGUACUAAUCUCCCCGAAAAAUCUAAAGCCUGCUUGCAACAAUGGAAUGCACGCCAUAGUAAAGUGUGUUGCAUCACCUUCCGUUGCCAAUGGCAAUGGAAAUAACUACCAAAAGGCAUUUAGAACAAUGGAACCUUUGGUGAGACUAAGAUCAGGGCCCCAUCCUGGAGAGGGCAGGGUGGAAGUGCUAAAGAAUGGAAAAUGGGGUACAGUAUGUGAUGACAAGUGGAACCUUGUUUCAGCCAGUGUUGUAUGUCGGGAGCUGGGAUAUGGAUCUGCUAAAGAAGCCAUUACUGGAGGCCAAUUGGGACAAGGUCUUGGCCCUAUACACAUGAAUGAAGUUGUGUGCACAGGGGAAGAAAAAUCUAUCACUGAAUGCAAGUUUAAAGAAGCCCGUGUGGCAGGUUGUCAGCAUGAGGAAGAUGCAGCUGUGAGGUGUAACAUGCCUGAAAUGGGGUAUCGCGAGAAGUUGCGCCUCAGUGGUGGGAGGUCAACUGAAGAGGGUAUUGUGGAGGUACUUAUGGAAAUUAAAGGAGUUAAAAAGUGGGGAACCAUAUGUGGAGAACAGUGGGGUAUGAAUGAAGCCAUCGUGGCGUGCAGACAACUGGGACUGGGAUUUGCCAACCAUGCUAUACAGGAGACAUGGUACUGGCAGGGGACACAGGGAGCUGGAGAGGUGGUAAUGAGUGGUGUGCGCUGCUCUGGGACAGAGAUGUCUAUUCAACAGUGCCGACAUCACGGUGUCAUUCACUGCCCAAGAGGAGGAGGGCGCAAUUCUGCUGGCGUCACCUGUACAGAACAUGCACCAGAUCUUAUACUGAAUGCCCAACUGGUUCAGGAAUCGGCAUAUCUUGAGGACCGACCACUUAGUAUGCUUGAGUGCGCUCAUGAAGAGGAAUGCCUUUCCAGCUCGGCAGAUGAUAUGUCUUGGCCUUAUGGGCACCGUAGGUUACUUCGCUUCACCUCUCAAAUCCACAACAAUGGGAGGGCGGACUUCACUCCGAGGAAUGGGCGGCACACCUGGGUCUGGCAUGAAUGCCACAGACAUUACCACAGCAUUGAAGUUUUCACCCACUAUGACCUGCUCACACUGAAUGGAUCUAAGGUUGCUGAAGGACAUAAAGCAAGUUUUUGCCUGGAGGACUCAAACUGUGGCAAAGGAAUACAAAGGCGCUAUGAAUGUGCCAAUUUUGGAGAACAAGGAAUAACUGUCGGUUGCUGGGACACAUAUCGACAUGACAUUGACUGCCAGUGGGUAGAUAUUACAGAUGUCCUUCCAGGAGACUAUAUUUUCCAGGUAAUCCUAAACCCAAAGUUUGAGGUGGCAGAGUCAGAUUUCAGGAACAAUGUGAUGAGAUGUCGAUGUAAGUACGAUGGCCACAGGAUCUGGAUGCACAAUUGUCACACAGGCGAUGCAUACAGCACAGACUUGGAAGAAAGUUUUGAGCACCAGCUGAGACUCUCUAACAACCUUGUCUAGAGCUGGUUAUGAAGAAACAAGAGAACAAAAGAACAAUCAACCAACUGU